AUGGCCGACAUCCCCGACGCCCCGGCGUCGCCAUCACCGAGCCUCCCGCUCAACCCAAUCACACCAGACCGCGCCAACCAGAAGCGCGAUGCCCGCAACCUCUUUCCCUCGCCGCGCGGCAGCGAAGGCCGCGAAAGCUCCGUCCACGAAAAGAUUUCCCAGUUCAACUCUCUCGCCAAUCAGACCAAGACUCUCGAGCGCAAGACCGCCGACGCCGCCCUUAAGCGCGCCAUGCUCGGCCGCGAGGAGGCCGAGGGCGAGGCUCGCCGCUACAAGGACGAGUGCAAGGUGCUGCGCGUCCAACUCGAGAAGGGCAAGGAGAGGGAACAGCGCGUCAGCGAGAGGCUAGAGACCGUCAUGGAGCAAUAUGGCCGCGCAAAGGAGACGUACGCACACACCAAAGCCGCCUGGGAAAAGGAGAUCAAGCUGGCCCGCAAAAAGACAUUUAAGAACGAGUCGCAAAUCAUCAAACUGCAGGAAGAGCUCAAGGCCGCCCGCGAAGGGUGGAGGGCGGCUUCCGACAACAUCGACGCCGAGAAGCUGCGCUCUAAGGCGAGAGAAGAAGAAGCCUUCCAGGCCCGCUACCAAAUGGUCAGCAUGGAGGAGCAACUGACAGAGGCCCUUGAGAAAAUCAAGCUGCUCGAGCAGGAGCGUGAUGCCUUCAAGACGCUCGCCAAGGAGGAGGAAGUAGCCCGCAUCGCUGCGGAAGGCCGCAUCCCGCUGCCCAAGAACGACGCCGCGCAGGACGAGUUCUCGUCACCCAAGAAGAGGCCGCGCUUCUCGCUCUCGACGGUCGACAUUGUCUCGUCCGCCGCCACCGAGGAGGAGAUUGAGCAGCUGAGCCUCGAGCUUUCCUGGGAGCGCCAGCGUGCGGACCGCGCGUACGAGAUGGUUGAUUUCAUGCAGGCCGAGUGCGAGAACCGGUGCUGCUCUUAUGCCAAGGCACGCAAGAGGCAUAGCAUGGCAUCCCCCAGACAGAGCCUGGCCUCCAACAGGCCGAGCAUUCUGUCGCCGCGCAGGAGGCUGAUGGCCCCUGCUGAGAUCGCUGACGCUAGCGACCUGGUCAUCCUCCGCGAUUCACGAGAGUCGCUGUCGGACCGCAAGCCAUCUCUGAAAUCCUCUCAGCUGUCGUCCCCCGCCUCGGACGACGUGCCGAAGAAGCCCGAGAGCUUGAAGAGAUCAAGAGAAGAGAGGAGAAGCACCAUCUUCUGCCCUCGCGAGGGCAUCUUCCGCACUGUUUCUCAGGAAGAAGCAGAGGAGGUAGAGGCUCGCAGAGAGAAGGAGGAGCCGCAGCACGAAGACAGUGAGGCUUCCCCCAACGAGCCGCCCACACCUGUUGACGCCCCCCUAAGAUUCUCUCGCACACCAUCCCUCGACCCCCCGGCCUUCGCGGUCCUCGCGCAAGAGCGCAUGUCUCUAGCCUCCCUGCUCAACGCACCCCAUGGCGGCGCCGACGGUGAGGUUCACACGGCUCCUCUCCCGUCCAUCCCCACCAUGCCCGACACCCCAGCGCGCCCCGAAUCUCGCGCCUCACGCAGCCCAUCCCCGACGCCCGACAACACCGUCCGCCCACACACCGCCGCCGCCUUCUACACCAAGACCACAACCACCAGUGUGCCCCUCCGCGACGACAAGCCCCGCCCCGUGCCGCGCUACGAGCGCGCCCGCACGCCCUCGGGCGAGUCGCACAUGUCCUUCGACGUCAACAACCCCGCCAUGACGCCCACCAUGACCCGCGAGGAGGCCCUCGCCCGCAUCCGCGAGCGCCGCGGCCGCGCAAAGUCCAUUGCGCAGGGCACCGCCACGCCGCGCAAGAAGAUGAUCGAGGGCGCCGGGGAGCGGCGAGACGUUAGCGCCCCCGCCGGCCAGGCGGUCCCCAAGGCCAAGGCAUAG